AUGGUCCAUGUGGCCAGCUGUUCAUCCACCCCUGCCCCCUCCAGCUUCCCUCACAGCAGCGCUGGCUGGAUGGUGUUGAAAGCACUGGAAAAAUCAGAAAACAUGACCCUCACAGAGCUCCCAGCGGUCUCAAGCCGCCCUUCUGUUAUAUGUGUUUUAUUGUAUGUCUUCCUUAGUUUAUUAGCUGUUGUCACAAUAUGUGGAAACCUUCUGGUUAUAAUCUCCAUCAUUUACUUCAAACAGCUCCACACUCCAACAAAUUAUCUUGUUCUCUCUCUGGCUGUGACUGACCUGCUUGUUGGGGUUUUAGUUUUUCCUUUCAGCAUGGUGUUCUCUCUCAGCUCCUGUCUGUAUCAUGAAGAUUUAUUUUACAGAUAUUACGCAGUGUGUCAGCCUCUGACAUACAGGACUAAAAUAAAUGGUCGUGUUGUUGUGAUCAUGAUUCUGGUAAACUGGAGUAUUUCUGUCCUGACUGGAAUUGGUAUAAUAAUAGCAGGACUGAACCAUGAAAACUGUGAAGAAGACUGUUCUGUGGAUGUUCUUCUACCAAACACUUUGGGGCCUACCUUUUCAUUUUAUCUACCCGCUGUUGUGAUGCUCUGUAUCUACCUGAAGAUUUUCCUUGUUGCACAGAGACAGGCUCGCAGCAUCCAGAACACAACCUGUCAGAGCACAAAGUCUGGAGAAGCUGUCAGUAAGAUGGAGAGAAAGGCCACAAAAACUCUGGCUACAGUUAUGGGAGUUUUCCUGAUCUGCUGGACUCCUCUUUUUCUUUGUAUAACUUUUGUGCCUUUUAGUAAUAAUUCAGUACCAGUCCCUGUGAUUGAGACUCUUAACUGGAUUACCUUAGCAAAUUCAAUGCUUAAUCCAUUCAUUUAUGCUUUCUUUUACAGCUGGUUCAGGUCGGCAUUCAGAAUGAUCAUGUCUGGAAAGGUAUUUCAGGGUGAUUUUACUAACUUCACACUGUCUUGA